GCAGGAGACCUUCGGCCAUUCCGGACAAGAGGCUGCCCAGUCUCUCCUGGAGACCCUCCCGGGAUGGAGCCCCCAGCGCUUCCGGGGGGGGUGCUGGGGGGGAGCCCUCCUUGCGAAGGGGGGGGGCUGAGGCCGCUUCUCUCCUCUCCCUCUGCAGGUCCAACCGGGACUGCCAGAUCGACCAGCAUCACCGCAACCAAUGCCAAUAUUGCCGGCUGAAGAAGUGUUUCCGCGUCGGCAUGAGGAAGGAAGCCGUCCAGAGGGGCCGGAUCCCGCCCAGCCACGCCAGCACCAGCCCCAACGCCGUGCAGAGCGGGGACUACUACAAUGGGCAGCCGGUCUCGGAGCUGAUCUCGCAGCUGCUGCGGGCCGAGCCCUAUCCCAGCGCCCGCUUCAGCUCCCAGUACGCCCAGCAGGGGGGCAGCGUGAUGGGCAUCGACAACAUCUGUGAGCUGGCCGCCCGGCUGCUCUUCAGCACGGUGGAGUGGGCGCGCAACAUCCCCUUCUUCCCGGAGCUGCCCGUCUCGGACCAGGUGGCGCUGCUGCGGCUCAGCUGGAGCGAGCUCUUCGUGCUCAACGCCGCCCAGUCAGCCCUGCCCCUCCACAUGGCGCCCCUGCUGGCUGCUGCCGGCUUCCACGCCGCCCCCAUGUCCGCCGACCGGGUGGUCUCCUUCAUGGACCAGAUCCGCGUCUUCCAGGACCAGGUGGAGAAGCUCAGCCGGCUGCAGGUGGACUCGGCCGAGUUCAGCUGCCUGAAGGCCAUCGCCCUCUUCACGCCAGACGCCUGCGGCCUCUCGGACCCGGCGCAUGUGGAGAGCCUCCAGGAGAAGGCGCAGGUGGCGCUGACGGAGUACGUCCGCUCGCAGUACCCCUCCCAGCCGCAGCGCUUUGGCCGGCUGCUCCUGCGGCUCCCUGCCCUGCGGGCCGUCCCGGCCUCGCUCAUCUCGCAGCUCUUCUUCAUGCGCCUGGUGGGCAAGACGCCCAUCGAGACCCUCAUCCGGGACAUGCUGCUCUCCGGCAGCUCCUUCAACUGGCCCUACGGGACGGGGCAGUGAGCCGGUGGACGGACGCUCUGCCCGCGGGCUGCUGCCCGGAGGUCCCUCGGCCCCCACCGAGACUUUGGAGGAGGGGCGCUUGGGCUUGCCUGGGACCCCUUGGGGAGGGGCCAGGCUGAAGAGGACCCCCUCCCCUGCGGCUGAGAACGAAGCCCGACCACCCCCAAUGCCAAGAGAGACCCUCCCCCCAGAGGUUGGACCCCUUGGCUUCGUCUGGUUCUCCCAGGUUGCACCACGCCGGCUGUCUCUGUGCCAUACGCAGCCAGAGGAGGAGGAGGAGGAAGAAGGCCUGGGGGGGGCAAGGGGGGCUCUGGACCCCUCCCCCUCCUGGUUGGCUCUUCCCAGCAUUCACAUCAGCACCUUGGAAGGGGCUCAGGGGUGGCUCCCUGGCUGUCUGGGCGGCCCUGGCAGGAGGGUCCGCCGUGUUACUGCCCCCCACUCAUUUCUGCCCUGGGGGUGGGGGGACGAGGGUCCUUUGCCCACACAGGUGGGCAAGUGGAGAGCGCUUGAAAAGGCCCCCCGGGUGGGAGGAGGGAGGGGGGCAGCUGCAAAGGGCCUCUUAAAGGAGGGGCCCCCUCGUGCCAGGCCCCCCCACUUGCAUGCUUUCCUCAUGCAGUUUCUGGCCCCAGGACCCCCGUGCCCCCCCCUCACAGAUUGCCCUCCCAUCCCUGGAGGGGAAUCAGCCAAGAGAAGGGGGCAAAUCGGGCCUGGCACUCGGGUCUUGGGGCAGCCAGGGGCAUCGGCAGAAUUGUGGCCCCUGCAGUGCUGGGUUUGGGCCCCCCGUCAGCCAGGGCCACACGGAGAGACGGUCCUGGGAAGCGGGUUGCCGAGAGAGGCGGGGAGUGCCCUGGCACGUGCCCCGGCCUGGAUCCUGGCCUUCCCCAGCGAUGCCCCUCCCUCCCUCCCCCGGGGGCCACGGGGCCUGUUGGGCAGGUUGGUUGCCCCCAUGGGCGAAUCCCCCUGAAGAAAACCCGGGUGGGAAGUGGGCCCUGCAGAUUCGAGGCUUGCUGCUCUUCUUCCUCGCCUGACCCCUGCCCGCAUUUUAAUUUCUGCCCCCCCCCCCAAAAAAGAGUCAGGCUGUGCCAGCUCCCACGUUUGUGAAGAUGCUAUGCAAAACGUUGGCCUGCAUGCGCCUGCCAUCCACACGUGGCCGCCCUCUCCUCCCCCGCCCUGGUGUCCCCGUGCCCACCGGAUGUCAGGUCGGCUCACAUCUGUUUGAUCACUUUGUGGCCUUUUUUCCUCCCCCCCUUUUUUUCUUUCUGCUCCCCCCUGCUCUCCCUUCUCCGUGUGUCUGUGUGUGUGUCUGUGUGUGUGUGUGUGUAUCCGACGGUCUCUUCAAAGAGCACGUGAUGGAGAUUCGCCAUGAAACCCGUUUUGCGGACAGAAGAAACUGAGGCCACACGGCCGGCUUUUCUUGUCGCCGAGAGUGGUAGGACUCGAUCUCAGGUCUCGGAAGUCUAAAGUACCGAUUGUAAUCUAUGCAAACUUUUCCUCUCUCUCUCUCUCUCUCUCUCUCUCCAAAUUCCAGAUCAAGGAAGCGCCACUUCUGUGCUUGGAAUAAAAAUAUUUGGGUA